AUGCAUGAAAUUGUUACACUUCAGCUUGGUCAGCGGGCUAAUUAUCUAGCAACACAUUUUUGGAACCUGCAGGAAUCAUACUUUACCUAUGAUGGAGAACAGUCAGAUAUUGAUCAUGAUGUUCAUUUUCGACCGGGUGUUGGAGCAGAUGGCUCCGAAACCUACACCCCACGCACAGUAAUCUAUGAUCUGAAGGGCGGAUUUGGAACAUUGCGCCGAUACAACGCACUUUACGAGCUAAGUGAAGACUCCACAGCAGGUCAAGGAUUAUGGGAUGGACAAGAGAUAGUCCAAAAGCAAACUCCAAUUCAACCAAGUGAAUAUCAGAAAAGCUUGGAUCUGGGCACUCAACCCCCUCGCCUGACCUCGGAGUCCGUACGCUACUGGUCAGACUACAACCGAGUGUUCUAUCAUCCAAGGUCUAUUGUCCAGCUAAACGAAUACGACCUAAACUCCCAGAACAUGCCCUUUGAGGAUUGGAAUGUCGGGGGAGAACUAUUCAAAGACCUUGAUAAGGAGCAUGACCUGCUGGACCGUGACCUGAGACCUCUCCUUGAAGAAUGUGAUCACUUGCGGGCGCUGCAACUGUUCUCCGGAUCCGAUGAUGCUUGGGGCGGAUUUGCAGCCCAGUAUAUGGAACGACUGAGAGAUGAAUUUGGAAAAAAAAGUAUUUGGGUGUGGGCUAUUGAGGACGGCACCAAGACACAGCGGCACCACCAGUUCAAGAAGGAUACGAACAAGGCCAGGUCACUUCACUCGAUCUCGCAACUGGCAUCGCUCUAUUCUCCAAUUAUCGACGUUCCGCAUAAGCUGCCCGGCUAUAUCCAUGUUGAUCGCCAAUCAGAAUGGCAGAAAACAGCCCUGAUAGUCUCAGCGAUUGAGACGGUCACGCUGCCUUCCCGAUUGCGGCCAUAUCAGCAUUUCGAGGCCUCUCUCGCCGGGGAAGAUGGCACGCACACCAUCUUCGAAUUACAAUCCUCCAUUAAUAAAAUGAAAAUCAAUGACGGCCAAACCAAGGAAGCCUCCAAUGAAGAUGGGCCGACUCAAGCCGAAAUUGAAUUUGACAUUGACUUCGCCUAUGACGGGGAGUACAAAAAAGGCGCCCAUGUCUUCAACCAAGUCCAAGUCACCCGCGGAGACGAACCGCAAAGGGACAGCGAGUCCACCGAGGACAGAGACAUUGGGCACCGUCGCAAGAUCAGGAGAUACAACUCAGAGUCGAUAUUGCAAAAAUUCCACACGCCACUCCGCAUGCCUAUUCUUGACAGUUUCCCGCAUGACAUGUUCCCCACCCCCGAGACAGGUACUGGAGUAAACGUGUUUACCGCAUUGACCGCCUCGACACGGACAGCUCAGAGCAUCAAGGCUAUCUCGGCAAGUGCCGCACGUCUAGUCUCGGUCGAUGAGCGUGAGGCUUUGGUAAAUGGACUAGGCGAGAUUCGAGAGUACUACGAGACGGGGUGGAGUAGUGGCUCGGACGAUGAUGACGACUAG